AUGCUGGAUGUGGAUACACGAUUUUCUCCAAAUCCUGAUAUGAUUAUAUUUCAACGUCUUCAACAACUGAUAGACUUCGCAGUUUCUAGCCGUUUAACAACAGUUCAGCCCAAUAUAACAACCUCAUUUAAUAACAGCUAUAAUAAUACAUUAUAUCCUUUUAUAAAUCCUCUAAAGUCAACUAUAAGUCAAAUUCCUAUUAAACCGUUGGAUUCUAUAUAUACAAAUAACUUAGCUCUAUCACAAUGGGAUCAACAUCGCGAAGGCCACUCAAACUUACAGCCAAAAUACCAAGAGAAACUGAGACCGAAAUCGGAUGAAGCAACUCAACUUGAAAAUGGGAAAAAACAAAUAAAUCGAUCAGGUGUUCAGGAAAAUAAACUAAAAACCUUAACAAAACCGACACCAAACGUACCGAAGAAAUCAGUUGAAUCUCGUGUGCAAAAGGAUGACCGCCAAUACUAGGAAAAUUCUCACACCACAAUACUAUCUCAG